CCAGGAACAACAUCAGAAAACGAACGAAGCAGUUGAUUCAAUCCACGCUGUGGGCUCUCGAGCCACAUCUGUUUGGAAUCCAGUUGACCAUGGAUUUGUAUUAUGACUUCAAGGAAGAAGAAUUUGAAGAGGUUAUUCAAAUACAAAUAAAAAGGGAAGAAGAGCCUUAUGACAUCAAACAGGAAGACUCUACAGGAGAGUCCAGUGUUCUAGAACACAGGGGAGGAGCAUCUAUUAUUCUAGAACACUGCUAUGCAGCACCAUAUUGGGCCAUGCCUGUGAAGGACACCAAAGAAGAAGAUACAGAUAUUCUACCUAAGGAUUACACAGCGGAGAUCUCUGUAACAUUAGAAGAGGAAGAGGAGAUGACUGAGGAGGAGGAGGAGGAUGAAAUGUGCUCUUCACAGGACACCAUGGAUGAUGGAGGAACAAGCACUUUUGAGGACAGCGACGAGGAACCUCACCAACAUCAUACUACUCAUACAAGGAGGGCACAAAAAAAGCAAUUUAAGAAGGUGCGCAAAACUUUGGAGAAAAGAAGAGGAAAACCAUACUUUGAUUAUUCUGAGUGUGGAAAGACCUUCACUGGAAAGCAACAUAUCAGAAAAAGUCAUCAGAAAAUUCAUACGGGAGAAAAGCCUUACCAGUGCACCACAUGUGGAAAGGCCUUUAGACGACAGCGUGUUCUCAAAAGUCAUCAGAGAAUUCAUACGGGAGAAAAGCCUUACCAGUGUACUACAUGUGGAAUGACCUUCAGACGAAAAUAUGUUCUCAAAGGUCACCAGAGUAUUCAUGUGGAAAAGCCUUUCAAGCCUUUCCAAUGUACUACAUGUGGAAAGGGCUUUGCAAACUCAGGAAGCUUGAAGUAUCAUCUCCAAAUCCAUACUGGAGAAAGGCCAUUCCAGUGCAGCACAUGCGGAAAGAGCUUUUGGGAUAAACAUCAUUUAACCAGCCAUCUGAGAAAGCAUGGACAAAAGCCUUAUCAGUGUAGCACAUGUGGAGAAGCAUUUGCAUACAGUGCUACUCUCAGAAUUCACCAGCGAAUCCAUCAGAAAAUUCAUACGGGAGAAAAGCCUUACCAGUGCACCACAUGUGGAAAGGCCUUUAGACGAAAGCGUGUUCUCAAAAGUCAUCAGAAAAUUCAUACGGGAGAAAAGCCUUACCAGUGCACCACAUGUGGAAAGGCUUUUAGACGAAAGAGUGUUCUCAAAAGUCAUCAGAAAAUUCAUACGGGAGAAAAGCCUUACCAGUGCACCACAUGUGGAAAGGCCUUUAGACGACAGCGUGUUCUCAAAUGUCAUCAGAGAAUUCAUACGGGAGAAAAGCCUUACCAGUGUACUACAUGUGGAAUGACCUUCAGACGAAAAUAUGUUCUCAAAGGUCACCAGAGUAUUCAUGUGGAAAAGCCUUUCCAGUGUACUACAUGUGGAAAGGGCUUUGCAUACUCAGGAACCUUGAAGUCUCAUCUCCAAAUCCAUACUGGAGAAAGGCCAUUUCAGUGCAGCACAUGCGGAAAGAGCUUUUGGAAUAAACAUCAUCUAACCAGCCAUCAGAGAACCCAUGGACAAAAGCCUUAUCAGUGUAGCACAUGUGGAGAAGCAUUUGCAUACAGUGCUACUCUCAGAAUUCACCAGCGAAUCCAUCCUGAUGAAAGGCCUUACCAGUGCUCUACAUGUGGAAGGGACUUUACAAAAUCAAUACAUUUAGAAAUGCAUCAAAGUAGGGAUGCACAAUGUCAAAAAUUUCAGCCGAUUCCGAUAUCCGAUAUUGAUAUUGCGGUUUUGGCCGAUAACCGAUAUUAACCGAUACCGAUGUUUUUCUUUUCUAUUCUUUUAAAGAAAUGACUGAUGCAAACAAACAUAAUUUUUGAAUGUCCUCUUAUUUCCAAAAACACACCUGUGAUAAAAUUAGAUAAAAAAUAGAGACAAAUUAGAAGACAAACAUUGAAAGUCACCGUCAAGUCCAAUCUUUUAGAACCGUAACAUAUUAAAAAAAAACAUCUGCGUUAACAUCGGCCCAGUUUUACCCAUCAGACCGAUGUCCGAUGUGUUGAGAAAUGUCAAAUAUCGGCCGAUACCGAUACAUCUGGCCGAUACAUCGUGCAUCCCUACAUCAAAGAAUCCAUACUGGAGAAAGCCCUUACCAGUGUAGUACACGUGGAAAGGCCUAUACCCAAAGAGGAGCUCUCAAGAGGCACCAGAUGACUCAUACUGGAGACUUUACCAGUGUAGCACACGAAGAAAGAGCUAUGCACUCCAAAACAGUCUAACCCAGUGGUUCCCAACCUUUUUCUUCAGGGACCCAUGUUUUUACUAUUGUAAGCUUUGGUGACCCAACCACGCGAGCGCCCGCACAAGACGGAGUCACAAGAUGCCCUCUGUUUCCUGCGAAAACUAAUUUUAUUUAUUUUAUUCCUCAAUUCGUCUUUGGUCAAAUAUAGAAUAAAUGUUUAAUGUAGCACUUACAAUGUGUUGCUUUUAUGCAUUUAUUAGUUAAAUGCAUAGAAGCAAAAUAGUUGUCAGAAGACAAAUAGUUGUCUUUUAUUCAACAUGGGCUAUAUAUAUUUGAAAUGAAACCCCUUAAAAUCAAGAAGGCUCUGCGACCCCCUGUGGAUCUUUGGCGACCCAUAAGGUGGGUCCCGACCCAUAGGUUGGGAACCACUGGUCUAACCUACCAUCAGAGAACCCAUACUGGAGAAAAUCCUUACCAGGGGUGCAUUUCACAAAACCAUAGUUACUAACUAUGUGUGCUACUUUGUUGUUUGCGAUGCAAUUUCCUUACUGGCAACUAGUCAAGUUGCUAACAGGUUAUCAACUGUGCUUUUUAGAAACGCACGCCAGUGUAGCACACAUGGAAAGGGCUUUACAGUCAAAUGUCUCAAAAGUCACCAGCAUACCUGUCAACUUUGAGUUACCAAAAUUCUGAAAAAUUCCCAUAUUUUAAGCCAAAAUUCGGGAAAUUUUGUUUGAAAGUUUAAAAUGAGCAUAAAGCGUGAAAAACAAUGAA